AUGAAGUACACCGCGCUCGCGGCCUUCUGCGCGCCGCUCGUGGGCGUUGCCAACGCGCUGCCUCGGGACAACACCUGCCCCCCGGCUUCCCCUCCCAUUACAGUCACAGAGAUCCCCCAGACCCAGACUGUUACGCAGCUCAGCACGCGCACAGAGACCGUCAGGAUUCCCCCGCAGCCGAUGACAGUGACUCUGCCGGGUGUUGUAUCCACUGUUACAAUCCCCGUGCAGCCCACCACCGUCACUUCGGGCACAAACACCUUCACAGUCCCCGGACAGCUCGUCAAAGCCACUGUUAGCGCCCAGCCUUCUGUCGUGACUAUCCCGAGCGCUGCUCCUGCCGAUGCAGAUACUGUUACUGUCACGCUGCCCGGAAACAAUGCUGCGGCUCAAACCACCACGGUCAGAGUUCCCGGCCAGACUACCACCGUUACACUCCCCAACGGUGUUGCGCCUGCGCCAGUUACGAUCACUGCGCCUGCUGUUACGAGGACUGUCACAAUUGCCGGCUCUGCGUCUACUGUCACUGUGACUCAAGGAUCUCCUGCUCAACAGGGCUCGCCUUCUCAGCAGGCGCCUCCUGCUCAGCAGGCUUCGGCUUCUCAGCAGGCCUCGCCCUCUCAGCAGGCCUUGCCUUCCCAGCAAGGCUCUCCCUCUCAGCAGGGCGCUCCUCAACAGAGCUCUCCGUCUCAGCAGGUCCCUCCUGCCCAGCAGACGUCUCUCUCCCAGCAAGCCCCUGCUCAGCUGACAACCAUCACCAUCCCCGGCCAGGUGACCACAACCAUCGUGCCCGGUGGAGUGAGCACAUUCACGCUGCCCGGCGCCGGCCCCACGACCGUCACUGCCCCGGCCCAAACCACCACAAUCACUCUGCCCCCGCAGACCACGGUCGUCACUAUCACUUCUGAAUCCACUGCCACCUCCGGCAGUGCAAACAGCGUCAGCGAUGCUUCUGCCCCUGGCUCUUCGGGAACUGCUUCUACUGGAUCCACCGGUAGCAGCACGUUGGGUGCGGCCACCUCUGAUGCCUCUGCUUCCGGCACUUCGGCCUCGACUGCUACUUCUGCCAAUGGUUCUGCUGGCACCGAUGCUACGACGUCUAGCACUGUCACUUCGGGAGCCGCUACUACUACUGGUUCCACUGACACAUCCGUUUAUGGCACGUCUGCUACGGCCACCGAUUCCUCUGCUACUAGCACUGAUGCUCCAACCUCCGGUGCUACAGUGGCUACCAGCACCGACGCUUCGACUUCUGGUGCUACCGCCACUGGUACUACCACCACUGGCACUGAUGUGGCUACCGGCGCCACGACCACUACCAUUGCUGCUAGCACUGACGCCUCUUCCACGGGAGCUUCGGCUACCGGCACGGAUGCGUCCACGAUUAGUGGUGCUACGGCCUCUGCUAGCGAUGCUGCCACGGGUGAUGCCACGACCUCUGGCACGGAUGCUACCACGACUGGUGCUAUAACAUCCGGCACGGACACUACCACGACUGGUACUACUACCUCUGCCAGCGAUGCUUCCACCAGCGGUACUGAGGUCACUACUACGGCUACUGCCGAUUCUACUGCCACGGCUACUGAUGCCACCUCUGCGGCUACUGAUGCUACUUCUACGGCCACCGACGCUACACCUACCGACGCUACGGCCACCGAGACCACUGCUACGGAUGCCUCUACUAGCGGUGCUGAGACUACUACUGCUGCUACCACCGAUGCUACUACUACUGCCUCUGGCACUGAUGCUUCGUCUACUGGUGCUUCAGCCACGGGCACUAAUGUUUCAGCCACUGAUUCGUCUCCCACUGGUACUGAUGCGCCCACUGAUGCUACGAUUACUUCCACAGCUAUUUCCGCCGACGCCACUACUACUGAUGCCACUAUCACAAUCACGGGCACAAUCACAGGCACUGAUGCAUCCACAACCGCUACCAACGCUGAGGACUCUUCGCCUGAUGCCACUCUAACCGGCACCUACUCCGAUGCUACUGCCAUAACUACUGGUACUAAGGAUGCUUCUGGAUCCGGUCCUACGACGAUUACUGUUAUUGAUCCUACUACGAGUACUGAUGCUUCGGCCAGCGGAGUAUCUGCUACUGGAACCGAGGGUCCGGCUACUGGUGCUGACGCUUCUUCUACUGGGGCGUCUUCUACUGGAACUGAUGCUUCGACCACUGGUACUGACGCGUCGCCUACUGGUGCGUCUACUAGUGAGACGGAUGCGCCCACCGAUGCUACGAUCACUAGCACGGCUACUUCCGCCGAUGCAACUGCCACUGAUACCACAAUCACAGUCACUAGUACUGAUGCAUUCGCCACCGCUACCGGCACUGAGGGCUCGUCCACUGAUGCUACUCUGACCGGUACCGCAACGUCCGCCGAUGCGACAACUACAGACACUGAUGCGGCCGAGGACGCUACUACCACUGCCACAAUUACCGAGGAUACAUCUGAAGCCGGUGCUGCGACUACCACUAUUGACGCAACUACUACUGCUGAUGCUACAACCACUGCCACCGCUGACUCUAAUACUGAUACUUCUGCGGGCACUUCUACGGGCACUGAGACCUCUGAAUCCGGUCCUACAACGGUCUUCAUUGGCGUUACCACUACCGAUGGUGGUGAAACAAACAUUGAAACCUCUGCUACUGCUACGGCCACGGCCACAGGCACAGGCACAGGCACCGAGUCUUCUGAGUCCGGCCCUACGACGGUUUUUAUUGGCGUUAUUACUACGGAUGCUGACGCGUCUACGACUGCCACCGUUGACCCCAAUACUGAUGUUUCAGCCACUGCCACGGCUCCCGGAUCUGACCAGACUUUGACUAUUACUCUGGAUAACUCUGCGACUGGUACUUCGACUGGCUCGCCUGGAGCUACCUCGGAUCCCAACAUCGCCAACCCGAACACUGAUGCUUCAGCCACUGCCACGGCUUCUGGUUCUGAGCCGACCUUGACUAUUACACUCGACGACUCUACGACCGCCACUUCGACCGGCUCGCCUGAGGCCACCUCUGAUCCCAACACCACCGACUCUAACACUGACGGUUCUGCCACUGCCAUUGCCACUUCCACUGUCACAGCCACUGCCUCGUCUCCUGACUCCGAGCCGACCUUGAUAACUACCAUUGACGACUCUACGACUGGCACGUCGACUGGCUCCCCUGAGGCCACCUCGGAUCCCAACACCGCCAACACCGACGCUACUUCAGAUGCUACAGUCACUGCCAUAGGAUUAGACGCUACCGCUACCGCCUCCGGUUCGGACGGCUCUGCUACUGCCACUGCUACUGCUGCUGGCUCAGAUGCCACUACUACUGCUGCUGCCGUCGAUAUUUCCGCUCCUGGCGUUGCAACUGCCACUGGUGCUUCCGCUACAGGUGAAGUCUCCGCUCCUGGCGAGGUUUCCGCCACUGCUACUGGUGAAGUCUCCGCUCCCGUUGACGCUUCUGCUACUGCUACUGGUGGUUCUGCUGCCGGUGCUGCUUCCGCUACUGGCGAAGUUUCCGCUCCCGGCGGCGCCUCUGCUACCGGUGAUGUCUCCGCUCCUGGCGAGGUUUCUGCUACUGCCAUAGGCGAUGUCUCUGCUACUGGUGUUUCUGCUCCUGGCGGUGCUACUACUACUGGCGAUGUUUCCGCUACUGGCGGUGCCUCUGCUACCGGUGAUGCCCUUGUUCCUGGCGGUGCAACUGCCAUUGGUGGCGCUUCCGGUACUGCUACUGGCGGCGCCACCGCUACUGGUGCUACUGGUGCCACUGUUGGUGCGUCUGCCACUGGUGACGUCUCUGCUACAGGAGGCGCUCCUCCUGAGGGUUCUUCUGCCAGUGGUGUUUCUGCUACUGAUGCUACUGGUGGUACAGCUGCCACUGGUGACGCUUCUGCUACGGGAGGUGCUUCUCCUACUGGAGGUUCUUCUGCCGGCGAGGCUUCCGCUACUGGUGGUUCAUCUGCUGCCGGUGCAUCCAAUACAGCUUCUGCUCCGGUCAACACGGCUUCUGCUCCUGCAAACACGGCUUCUGCUCCUGCAAACACGGCUUCUACUCCUGUAAACACGGCUUCUGCUCCUGCAAACACGGCUUCUACUCCUGCAAACACAGCUUCUGUUUCGACGAAUACAGCUUCUACUCCGGCGAAUACAGCUUCUGCUCCAGCCAAUACGGCCACUGCUCCCGCCAACACGGCUUCUGCUCCGGCUAACACGGCUUCUGCUCCGGCAAAUACGGCUACGGCUCCUGCCAACACGGCUACUGCGGGUUCAAACACGGCUGUCACUCAGCCGGCUGGCACUACCGAAGCCGCCGCGGCGACAUCUUCCACGGCUCCUGUGCCGAGUAAUAAUAUCAAGAAUGGUGACUUUGAACUGGGCAAUUUCCAGUCCUUCUCCUACGUCUCCAGUAACGGGAAAAUUGCUUCAUCCCCGGUGCACGAUGGAACCAAAGCCGCAGGCUUCGCCGUAUCGUCUACUAACCAACAAAGUGGUGUUGGACAAGGUUUCAACGUUAUCAAGGGCACGAAGUACACCUUCAGUGCAUGGUACAGGCGUGAAGGUUUCACCAACAAUGUCGGAACGGUCAAAGUCACAUAUGGAAGCUCCAUCACCAAUACUCUAACGCUUGUCACCGUGCCCAACACCGCGGCAAACGGCGUUUGGGUGCAAGUCGAGGGCACUUAUACCGCUCCCUCGACUGGUUUCCUUAACUUCUACCUUUUAUCGACCGGUAAUCCGGGCUGGGAUGCCAGCUACUCCGCCGUCACUGGCUAUAGCUUCAGAUCCAACAUUUACUUUGACGACAUCUCCAUCGUUGCUACGAAAUAG